AUGACUAAGAUUUCUGAGGUUGUUCAGGGUGCAGAGGAAUCCCCUGGAGCAUUUCUGGAGCGCUUAUAUGAGGCUUACCGUACCUAUAGCACUAUUGACCCAGAAGCUCCCGAGAACUAUAGAUCUGUGAAUAUUGCAUUUGUUAGUCAGUCUGCCCCAGAUAUACGUAGGAAAUUACAGAAGCAAGAAGGGUUCGAGGGUAUGAAUAUAUCUCAACUAGUCGAGAUAGCUCUGAAGGUCUUUAAUACCCGAGACACACCAGCUACGGCAGCAGGUAAAGAAUGCGCCAAGACAGUAGUGGCGGCCAUGAGAGAAGCAAACAAUUUCCCUAGGAGUACUUCCCAGUGCCCUCGUGGGCGGCAGCCGUUGGGCUCAAAUCAGUGUGCCUAUUGUAAGAAACAUGGGCAUUGGAAGAACGAAUGCCCGAUCCGGAAUCGUCCCAAGGAUGUCCUCGCUCUUGAGGGGACAGACUGAGGGAGCCCUGGUUCUCUCUCUCUUUCUUUAGACCCCGGAGAACCUAGGGUAUGCUUACGGAUUGGGGGUCAACCUGUUGAAUUCUUGGUAGAUACUGGAGCUACCUACUCUGCUUUAACAAAACCUUUGGGCCCAUUAUCUCCAAAAUCUACCUCUAUACAAGGUGCUACUGGUAAAAUUGUUUCUUAUCCCUGGACUACUGAACGCACAGUCCAUCUAGGGCACGGUACAGUCACCCAUUCAUUUCUGGUCAUGCCAGACUGUCCUUAUCCCCUUCUGGGUAGGGACUUGCUUCGAAAGCUUCAGGCAACUAUUUCCUUUUCUGAGGACCAGGCUUCUCUAACCUUAAAUCCUCCAGGUCCUAAGCGUCUUCUUAUUACCCUACCUCUCCAAUUUGAACAUAUCUUAGUGGCUUCCCCUGCGUCGCCCUCUCCUGCUCCCUCCCCCCUUCUCACUCAGCUGCAAACCGAUUUUCCUCAGGUGUGGGCAGAGAAUAACCCUCCGGGUCUGGCUGCUCAUCAUGCACCAGUGGUUGUGCAGCUUCUAGCCACUGCCUCUCCUGUUUCUAUCAAGCAGUACCCUAUGUCAAGAGAAGCCCUUCUAGGUAUUUCUGUUCACAUUAAUCGAUUAAGGGAAGCUGGUAUCUUAAUAGCCUGUCAGUCUCCAUGGAACACGCCUCUGCUUCCAGUCAGAAAACCUGGAUCGUCGGACUUUCGUCCUGUUCAGGAUCUUAGAGAAGUUAACAGAAGGGUUGAAACUAUCCACCCAACUGUUCCAAAUCCCUAUACCCUACUCAGCUUGUUAUCUCCUACUCAUACUGUAUAUACUGUUUUAGAUCUAAAGGAUGCCUUCUUUUCUAUACCCCUUGCGCCAGUCAGUCAGCCUCUCUUUGCUUUUCAGUGGAUAGAUCCCCAAGGGGAAUUUUCGGGGCAGCUUACUUGGACUAGGCUGCCACAGGGUUUUAAGAACUCUCCUACGUUGUUUGGAGAAGCUCUCCAUCUGGACCUCCAACCGUUUCGUAAGGAGCAUUCUUAUUGCUCUCUGGUCCAGUAUGUAGAUGAUCUUCUCAUUGCAGCCCCUGAUGAGUCCCUCUGCUUGCGGGCAACUCGUGCCCUUUUGCAGCUCCUUCAAUCCCUAGGCUACAGAGUUUCUGCUAAAAAGGCUCAGCUUUGCCUCCCUGAAGUGUCUUAUCUGGGCUAUGUUCUCAAAUCUGGCCACCGUUCCCUGUCUUCUGAACGUAUUCAGGCUAUCUUAUCUAUUCCGGUCCCCACUACUAAAAAGCAGGUCAGAGAAUUCUUGGGAACGGCUGGAUACUGUAGAUUGUGGGUUCCCUCUUUUGCUGAGAUAGCAAAACCCCUUUAUUCUGCUACAACCGGACAGGGUCCCCUGGUGUGGGGCUCUGCUGAACAAUCUGCCUUUGAUCAUCUCAGGACGGCCCUUACUAAAGCUCCCGCCCUAGCUCUUCCCGAUGUCACAAAGCCCUUUCACCUUUUUGUGGCGGAAGCUAGAGGUGUUGCAAAAGGUGUUCUAACUCAAACGCUUGGCCCUUGGCGUCGCCCUGUUGCUUAUCUUUCUAAGCGCUUAGACUCAGUAGCUGCUGGGUGGCCCCCCUGCCUUAGGGCCAUAGCUGCGACUGCUCUCCUGGUAAAGGAAGCCGACAAGCUCUCCUUGGGCCAGUCUCUCUCUAUCUCUGCCCCUCACUCUGUUGAGGCGCUGCUCAGAUCUGCCCCUGACAAAUGGCUCUCUAACGCUCGCAUUACCCACUAUCAGGCCCUGCUUCUCGAUCAUCCUCGCCUCACUUUCUCCAAAUCGUCCGCCCUGAACCCUGCCACCUUGCUCCCAGAUCCUGGUUCUGACCCGGCCCCUCUGCAUGACUGCUUCCAGCUCCUUGAGGAGUCCCAGUCAGCAAGGCCUGACCUUUCUGACACCCCGCUGAAAAACCCUGACCUGAUUCUUUUUACAGACGGGAGCAGUUUUGUUGUGGGAAACACCCGUGUUUCUGGGGCAGCAGUGGUGGACUAUCCCUCUCUCUCUACCCUGUGGUCUUCUUCCCUUCCCCCGGGAUCUUCUGCCCAGAAAGCAGAGAUUAUAGGGUUGAUUCAAGCUCUGUGCAUUGCAAAGGGCAAAUCAGCAAAUAUUUACACUGACAGCCGUUAUGCCUUUGCAACAGCGCACGUCCAUGCCUCUCUUUACAAAGAAAGGGGCCUGCUGACAUCCGCUGGGAGGGAAAUUAGGAAUAAGGCCGAGAUACUUUCCUUACUGGACUCUAUCUGGUUACCCCUCUCUGUUGCUAUUAUUCACUGUUCGGCUCACCAAUCUGGCGAGACCAUGGAAGCGGUGGGAAAUCGGGCUGCGGAUGCAGCGGCUCGGCGAGCCGCCACCUCCUCCCCCACUUCCUCCCUGCCUUUGGCAAUUGCUCCCCUUCCUCCCGUACCUGUCUACACCUCUGCAGAAGAUUCUUUCGCGUCUCGAAGGGGAGGAAAAAGGGAGGGACCUUGGUGGUAUAUAGAGGACAAAAUUUUUAUUCCACAAGCAUUGAGUAGAAUGCUAGUGAAGGACUUGCAUGAUUUUACUCACUUGGGCGAAAAGAAAAUGCAUCAGUUAUUGAGCAGAUAUUACAUAAAGGAUGUUAGCCAAUUGAUCAGAAGUUAUAUUCAUAGAUGCAACACUUGCGCUAGAGUAAAUAUGAAAAGAAUUAAAGAGGCUCGUGUGGGAAUCAGGCUUAAGGGACAUAUCCCCGGGGAGAGAUGGGAGGUAGAUUAUACUGAGGUACAGCCAUCAACAGCUGGGUACAAAUACCUGUUAGUAUUUGUAGAUACUUUCUCAGGGUGGACAGAAGCUUUCCCCACCAGAAAUGAAACAGCUCUCACAGUGGUUAAAAAGAUACUAAAUGAGUUAAUGCCCCGCUUUGGUCUUCCAGUAGCCAUAGGGUCUGAUAACGGGCCUGCUUUUGUUGCCAAAAUAUCACAAGGCAUCAGCAAGGCUCUGGGCAUUGAUUGGAAACUCCACUGCGCAUACAGACCGCAGAGCUCUGGACAAGUGGAAAGGAUGAAUAGAACGCUUAAAGAGUUCCUUUCAAAGCUUGUCUUGGAGACCCAGAACUCCUGGGUCUCACUCCUGCCAUUAGCAUUACUAAGGAGUAGAUGCACUCCUAACAAAUUAGGGUUAACUCCCUUUGAAAUUUUGUUCGGGAGACCCCCUCCAAUUCUGCCCUUGGUCAGGGAAGACUUGAUGGCUGAAAUUUCUAACUCUUCCCUUAUCAAGUUUUUACAGGCCUUGCAGAAAACUCAGAAAGACAUCUCACACCUCGUCCGUGAGGCCUUUCCUGUCCCACUCACUGACCCGGUACAUCCAUUCCAGCCUGGAGAUGCAGUAUUGAUAAAGAAAUUUUCCACCUCCGGUCUGGAACCCAGGUGGAAAGGACCAUACACUGUGAUCCUCACCACACCCACUGCUGUAAAAGUUGAAUCAAUUCCUGCCUGGAUUCAUCACAGCAGAGUAAAACCAGCCGUCACCACUGAAUGGAAAGCAGAGAUCGGUGAAGAUCCCCUGAAACUGAGACUGAUUCGUUCCUCUGGUCCUUGAUUUCCCUUGAAAGACACUGGGGUGGGAAAAUCCUGGGAAAUUCAAUCUUUUGUAUUUACUUUGUUACUAUUCGUGAUUACCCAAAUCUGUUUGCAUAUUCUCUCCUAAAGGCCCCUUUCCCCUUUCCCGUUCCUCCUACUGUAUUGUCAUUAUGGGAUUUUCCUUAAUCUUUCUCCUUCUCCCUAUGGUUUUUAAGGUUUUGGGAAACCCACAUGCCCCAAAGACCAUAUGGACAAUGACCUUUAGGAAUCUUGAGGGGGGUCCCACUCUUUCUGCCACUUAUUACUCAGGUUUAGAACCCUCUAUGACAAUAGAUUCCUCCCUGGCUCCCUGUUUCUACUUUAGGGCCCUGAUAGACCCUCCAGCCCGAUUGUGCCCUGAUGCUUGGUGGUGCUCCCUCCCUGACGAUUCCUUUAGGCUGACUAUCCAAACCUUUGAUCAGCAGACCCAGACCUCACUGCAUCCCCCCCGAAUUAUCCUAACGAUCCAGGAACCGUCCCACCAGAAGUGGAAACAGUCCCGAGCUUUCACCCUUUGGUCCCGGAUAGGUAGCAGUCUUCAAUUCAGCCACCACCUCAUAGUUCAGUGUAAAGAUCCACCCCCCUCCAAGCCUGUGGGACCUCUGACUGCUUUACUAGUCCCACCUAGACCACCAGUCCUGGCUGAUCCUAUCCCAACACCAUCAUCCCUGGUGCCGCAGGACCUUGUCAUGACCCAAAGUCCCCCUAUUCUUCCUGACCCGUUAAUCCCAAUUGAUAGCCCCUCUGAAUCUUCUGCUUCUCCCUCCAUGCUUGAACUGUUACCAGUAGUGCACUCUUAUUUGAACUCCACAAACCCCCAGCUGGGCCGAGAUUGCUGGCUCUGCUUUAACUCUGAACCCCCUUAUUUUGUUGGGAUUGCCCUGACAGACUCAGUUCCUGGAACCACUUCUCAGUCUACCUGUUCCUGGGAACAGCCUAAAAUUACCCUUGGGCAGCUCCAAGGUCUAGGCACCUGCCUGGUGACUGCCUCCACGAAUCCCUCUGACCCUCUCCUCCAGUUCUGUAACCCCAGUUCCUUAAUUAACAUCUCAGCUUCCUCAUCAGACGUUGCAGUCUGGUAUCAAGCCCCUGAAGGUUCAUGGUUUGCCUGUAGAGAUGGACUGACCAGGUGUGCCUACUCUAGUACCCUCCUCAGAAGGACAGAUUCAUUCUGUGUCCUAAUAGCAGUGUUUCCCAGCCUGUCUGUUCUUCCUGGAGGGGAGGGAUGGGGCCUCUUCCAGUCCCAUUUCUCUCCCUUGGAGAUUACCAGACAGAAACGGGCUCUGCCGUUCCUUCCCCUCAUAGUAGGGCUCGGGCUGGCAGGCACUACCGCCCUCAGCACUGCAGCCCUCCUGAAGGGCGAUUCUGGGUAUGCUGAGUUAAGUGCACAAAUGACCACAGACCUGACUCAGAUCGAGUCAUCCAUCUCAAAACUGGAAAGCCAGGUUGACUCCCUGGCUGAGAUGGUACUUCAAAACCGAAGGGGACUUGACCUGCUAUUUCUGCAACAGGGAGGCCUGUGUGCUGCCCUGAAUGAGGAAUGCUGUUUUUAUGCUAAUAACUCUGGGGUGAUCAGGGAAAGUCUGGCCCUGGUUCGUAAGAAUCUUGAGUCCAGACGACUGGAGCAGGGGCAAGGAAGGAACUGGUAUCAGUCACUGUUUAAUUCUUCCCCGUGGCUGACAACCCUUGUUACAUCCCUCAUGGGACCCUUGAUUCUCCUUCUCCUGGCCCUUGCCAUAGGUCCUUGCGUCUUCUCUAAUCUUGUCCGUCUUAUCCGUUCCCAGGUGGAGUCUGUCAAAAUUAUGGUGCUAAAACCACCUGGGUAUCAAGAGGAAGGUGCUUCAAAGAUUUGAAUAUUUAGGAAAGAGAGUGUGGAAUGUUAUGCCACAGUUCUCUUUAACUGUCCUGACUCAGUUUCCUUGUAUAAGUUUCCCUUGUCUCAGUCUUCCUAAUUACUCCUCUAAGCAGUAAAUCUCCCUCUGGUCCAUGAAGGCUGAGGACCAAUUAGUCUAAGGAUAUAAAUUGUUAGCCCAAGUAAGAUAAACAAGAGAGUAGACUCCCUGAUUAUCUUCUGUCCUUGAGAAAUUUAACAUCCCUUGAAGUAUUCCAAGAUAUUUCACUGACAUCUUUAUCAUAGCCUUUUCCAGCUGGGCUUUUCCCCCUCUUUUUUCUCUUUUUUGUCUCUAAAAGGUAUAUAAAGGUUAGAGAUUCCCCCAAUCAGGGCUGGACAAUUUGAGACGAGAGUCCUGUCUAGUCAAUCUUACUCUCCCAUUAAUAAAAUAUUAAAAACUCUCUAA